AUGACAACUGAGUUGAGUAGGCGACUAUCACGUGAUUCAAUUUCAGCUCCAAGGCAAGUUUUCAAUGACGUUUAUGAAUUGUGCUGUGCUCGAGGACUGAAGCACGUGGCAAAAGCACUGCCACAUGCAGUUCGGGAUCUCGAAGCGGUGUACGUAACGCUUACCAGCCUGGAUGAUCACCUACAUGAUUCACUCUGGCGCACACGGUACACCCUACUGCUCUGGCUAGGGAUGCUGAUGUUGAACCCCUUUAACGUAGACUCGAUCACGGAGGACGGCGUGUCAUUCGUGGCAGGCGUGGUUUUGCAUUGCAGCGAGACCUUGAAUGAUGCAGGACCGCCACGGGACGCAGCAGCCUUUUGUCUAUCAGUGACCCUGACUCGACGUGACGUGUGCGCAUCGCAUCUCAAGUCAUUCGUGGACCUGGCUACAAAUCUGGUAUUUGAGCUGGGCAAGCCAGAUAGUAAGCCUAUCUUUGCAGCAGCAGGCGCAUUGACAGCCCUUGCAGCUGCGUUCAAGCGGGGGGACAGGGUCCGUCUUGCAGCUCUUGCUCGAAUUACAUUCGAAGGAGUCCGACUUUGCUUUGGUGAUUCGAAUUCUGCAUUUCGACCUUUGAAGCAACUCGCGGUGAAACUAGCUGGGCGUGUCGGAGUGGCUCUGUUGAAACCAAGAAUUGCCUCGUGGUGCUAUACUAGAGGGAAAAGGACGCUCAUGAUGUCCGAUGUGCCACCACCUUCCAUAUUGCCUUCAGGCGUUGCGGAGGGUGGGGAAUCGAACGUCGAGGUUGAAGCAGAAGAUGCCGAGGAGGUGCUUGAAGCCGUCGUCGACGCUUUGCUCGUGGGACUGCGUGAGUGUGAGACGAAGACGAGAUGGUCUGCAGCUAAGGGUAUAGGGCGGAUUGCGUCCAGGCUCCCACGCAGUAUCGCAGAUGAUGUGGUUGAGGGCGUACUUUCUGUGUUCGACGACCAGGGUUCACAUGAUGACGACAAUGCCUGGCACGGAUCUUGUCUCGCCCUCGCAGAACUUUCGCGGCUUGGUGUCUUGCUCCCAUCCAGGCUCUCUGCCGCAUUCUCUGCGCUAUCAGCGGCACUCAAGUAUGACCGGCAACGAGGGAACCACAGCAUCGGGGCCAACGUCAGGGAUGCGGCGUGCUAUGUAGCCUGGGCAUUCGCGCGUGCCUAUGCACCUCAGAUCAUUUCACCCCAUCUACCGGCACUUGUUGAUAGGAUUCUUACCGUUGCCGUGUACGAUCGCGAGGUCCACGUGCGGCGAGCUGCCGGCGCAGCCCUCCAGGAAAAUGUUGGAAGACAGGGCAUGAAAAUGUAUGGCUCCGGGGGAAUCAAAUUAAUACAAGUGGCAGACUUUUUGGCACUGGGCAACAGAGAACGAGCCCAUUUGGAUGUCGCCUCGUCGGUGGCAAAGCUCGGGUUUUGGCAGCCGCUCUUUGACCACCUUCUUGAAGACCGAUAUCGACACUGGGAUCCUCAAGUGCGGGCUCUGACAGCAAGGAGUUUAGGUGAGCUCGUCAGACUUCUAGAGCAUCCACCAAGUCGACUGGACGCUGCACGUACAGUCGUCACCACGCUUGCCCCGCUUGCGGCCGGGAGUCGAGAACUCGCUGCUCGGCACGGCGCUCUCCUCGCACUCGCGGAGGUUGCCGCCUUCGUCCUCAAGGACGAAGCCGUCGUGUCCGAACUUUCCGAUAUUGUUCCUAGGAUCGAAGCUGCGCGUCUCUACCGUGGUCGCGGCGGCGAACUCGUGCGCUCUGCCGCCUGUGCGUUGAUCGAAUCCCUUGCUUUGAACCGCACUCCUCUCCCGAUCAAGGUCCAGCUGCGUCUCCUUGAUACCUUGGAUGAAUCCAGUAGUCAUGCUGUCGAGGCGGUGCGACUUGCGGCGAUGAAAGGCGUGAAGGCUUUGACAUGGACUUAUUUUGGUGGUUUUCACAACUUCGCAAAGACAAUGACGAAACCUAGUGAACGACUCUUGGCGCGUACUGUCCUUCGAUAUACGGGCCUAGCGCGCAAGCCAACAACUCCGGAUGUAUCGCGUGGUGCUUGUCGCUGUCUCGGGGCUUUACCUGUGCGUUUGCUUGCUGCGGAUGACGCAACACUCGAUGCGGUUCUACAAAUUCUGAUUUUUCGAGCACGACGUGAUGACACAGUCGUCGGUGAAAAGGACGCAGAAACGAGACGCGAUGCUCUUGCAGCCUUGAAAGACCUAAUUCGAACCGUAGGGGCGCCUUACCUGACCCGAAUUCGAGUUCUGCAGCUCCACAACUGCUUCGUUACCAACGCAUGUAGUGAUUUCAGUGUAGAUAAGCGCGGAGACGUGGGUUCUUGGUCCAGGAUCAAGGGCCUAGAGGCAGCCACUGAACUGGUGUCAGUUCUUACGGUAUUUUCGGAUGAUGCAGACUCAAUAGGAAGCACCAUUCCAGCUCUUGGCGAGCGCACAGCGUGGCUCUCGAGUUCGGAUAACUUGUCCUUUUUAGUUGCAGAAACCCCCUACAUGGGCUUCGACUCUAGAGCUAGAUGGACUGCAGUCGAGUCGGAACAAUUUUGCUGUGCUCUUCUAAGGCAUCUUGGCGAGAAGCUUGACGCCGUCCGAAAUGUCGCACUGAGGCUUAUGCCAAUCCUUCUGAAAGUUGCACCGGCAAUCCCCAAACGCUCGGAAAUUGACGACGCACUCUCACUAGGUAGAAUGGCUACAAUAGACCUGCCGACGCGCCUCUGCACAUGCCUGGCGCUUGGCGGCGCCUACCAUGAUGCGGUCUUUGGGGGUCUGUUUGUCUCUGCCGGGUCAAGCGACUCUCAGUCUGGUGAACGGUACAAGGCUGCGCUGAUCAACUACGCCGUUGCUGCUACAAAGGUGAAAGAUAUUUCGGAUACGACACGUCUCGCAAAUGCUCUCAUUUCAUGCGCUUAUUCUCUCCGUGGAUCCAAACCGCCAAAGUUAUCAGAUGAAGUCUAUUUUAAAGGGUUCAAUGCAGAGGAGCGGAGCCGAAGCUUCGUUCCUCUCAUGAAAUGUCUCACAGCGCUCCUUGAUGGGGGGGCCUUUUUACCCCUCUUGACAGCACAUGGGUCUCGCAAACUAAAGAGUUCAGGCUCCGUUUUAUCAAUAUCGGAGGCUAUCGCUGCAAAUUGCAUCGGACCUGACGAAGACGAAGCCUUUGCUCGCAACCUCGUCUCUGCCCUCACGGCCAUUGCUGCCACUCCGCGCUGUACCAGGGACGUCCGCAAGAUUUGCGUCGCUGCUGAUGCACUCUUGGCUGCGCUCAACGCUGCUGCCGUUAAUGCGCCAACUGCUGCCGAACUGACCAUCGUGGAUGGCUGCUUUCUUGCCCCUGGGUCUCUGGCAGCAGCACAGGAGUUGCUCGAGACUGUCACCUGGGAAACCGAGGAAUGCAGUGAUGCAAUUUAUGGUACUGUCUUGAACUUGGCCGGCACACUUGGAAUCGAACCCAAAGAUAUACAAUCUCGGUGCAUUGCUAAAUCGAUGCUCAAGCCGAAAGAUGAGCUUGAAUCUUAUGCCAAUCUUGUGAAAGAUGCUGGGUACUAAGUCUGGCUUGAAAUCGCUCCAGAAAAAUCUUGAAAGUAACAACUCCCCCUCCCUCCUCCCCUCGACGUACAUGCACGAGCCCCCAAGCUGCAGGGUGACUCCUAGAUCGAGCCCUAUGGGGCCUAACCUACGGGGUCGCUCGGCCCAUUAAGCC